CCCUCUCACUUGCUUUUUUUUCUUCAAAAUGAGGGGUGAGCCCUCUGAUUUCUGUUAUGAGAAACCAGCAGUUCAUACAAGUUCCAAAAUGAAAGAAAGAAAAAACAUUUGUCUGACAGGCUUAAGCUUGCAUGAUCUGGCAUAGCAUCACAGAAUCGUCGCCUUCGGUCAUCAAGCAGCAACUUCCCCCAAAGGGCGGGAGAUCCUUUUGUUGUCAAAGCAUGCAUCCUUUCUCAAUCGCCACAAAGUCUAGAACACAACAGCAAUCCCCACUGUGUGUCAGUCUCUUUUCUAAUGUCCUGAGCUUAGCAAUCCAGGAGUAGAGAAGUGUGUGUAUAUUAUCAGGUAUUGUAGGCAAACAAAAAACACACUGAAAUAUGCUCCAGACAAGUUUAGCAGCUGAACAUCCCAGUGAGAUCCUGAUUGGCAUUAGUAUGCUGUAUAUUAUCAGAUGUUCCGAUCCAAGGCAGAGGUGAAGUUAGGGAAAUUGGGCCCCCGUUUAGUGCUUUAUUAGGUGCCAUGAGACCUCUUGUUGCAAAGCUGAACAUGCUGCUCCUCAUGGAUGCUGCUCAGGAAUUGUCCUCUGAGCGGGUCAAGGAUGGGAUGUGCCUUCUCAAACAUGACGUUGAAAAGAUAAGCUCCUACCUUGGUGACCUGUCAGAGGUGGAGGACCUCCCUGCAACGGCCAAUUGCUGGAUGAAUGAGGCACGCGACAUGUCUUAUGACAUGGACGAUUACAUGGACAACUUACUAUUUGUGUGGCCUAAUCCCUCCUUUGUUGCCAACAACAUCAAGAGCACCGGAUCCCUCUGCAAACUGUCCAGUCAUGUCAAGACUCCGAAUACUAUGGUUAAUAUUGCAGCGGCGCUAUCAGAAUUCAGGAUGUAUGUCCAGGAGGCGAUUGCACGGCACCAGAGGUACGACCUCCAUUCGUGCAGCACCUUGAGGCGUAGGUUUGUGCCCCUUGGCCCUAUGCUCCUUCCAACACCGUAUGAAGAAACUGCCGACAUAGUAAUUGAUAGCCGGAUGAGUGACUUUAUUAACUCACUGGCUAACGACGGGGACCAGCAGCUCAAGGUGCUGUCUGUUCUUGGAUCUGCUUGUCUUGGUAAAACUACACUUGCUAGAGUUUUGUAUAACAGAUUUGGGAAACAAUACCAUUGUCGAGCUUUCAUUCGGGUGUCCAAGAAAAUGGAUAUAAAGAGAACUUUCCAUGACAUACUGUCACAACUGCAGCGUCAUAAUCUCGCACAGGAUUCCGAGGAAAUUGACUUCAUUGAAAAUAUCAAGAAAUAUCUACAAAAUAAAAGGUACUUAAUUAUUCUUGACGAUGUAUGGGCUGCAUCAUUAUGGGACAUUAUUAGUCAUGCUUUUCCAAAUGGUAGUCAUGGCAGCAGAAUAAUAACAACUACACAGAUAGAAGAGGUUGCAUUAGCAUGUUGCUGUUAUCAGGCAGAACAUGUUUUUGAGAUGAAACCCCUAGAUGAUGAUCACUCUAGAAAGCUAUUCUUUAACAGACUCUUUGGCUCUGAAAGUUAUUGCCCUGAACAGUUCAAAGAGGUUUCAAACGAAAUUAUUGAAAUGUGUGGUGGUUUGCCUCUAGCAAUAAUCAGUAUAGCUAGUCUUUUAGCAAGCCAGCCUUUCGUAUUAGUUGAUCUAUUGGCAUGCAUACAUCAUUCUCUAUGCUUUUUAUCGCCAAAUUCUACUUUAGAAAGAACGAGACAAGUACUGAAUGUGAGUUUCAGUUACCUUCCUCAUUAUUUGAAAACAUGCCUACUCUAUCUUAGUAUGUAUCAAGAGGGCUACAAAUUCUGCAAGGAUGAUUUGGUAAAACAAUGGGUGGUUGAAGGUUUUAUUGAUACCACAGGAGGGCCAGACAUCAAGAAAGUUGCAGAAAGCUAUCUCGAUGAACUUAUUUGUAGAAGAUUCAUUCAGCCUAUACAUAUCAACUACAACAAUGAGGUGUUGUCCUAUGCGGUUCAUGACAUAGUACAUGAUCUUAUUGUGCACAAGUCUGAAGAAAAAAAAUUCAUUUUGGCAGUAGACUACAGUCGAAAAAAUGUAUCACUUUCUCAUAAGGUCCGUCGACUAUCUCUCCUCUUUGGUGAUGCAAGAUAUGCCAAGACACCACCAAACAUCACAAUGUCACAAGUUCGGUCUCUUAGAUAUUUUGGAUCAUUCGAGUGUUUGCCCUGUCUUACAGAUUUCAAGCUUCUUCGUGUUCUAAACCUUCAACUAUUGAGUCUUCAUGGCAACAAUGACCCUGUUGACCUCACUGGGAUUUCAGAACUGUUUCAGCUGAGAUAUUUGAAGAUUGCAUGUCAUGUCUGCAUAAAACUGCCGAAUCAUGGACUACAAUUGUUGGAAACACUGGAUAUUAUGGAUGCAAGAGUCACUUCUGUUCCAUGGGAUAUCCAUCUCCCACACUUGUUGCACCUCAGUCUUCCUAUCGAGGGAAAUCUGCUGGAUUGGUCUGUCAGUAAGGGGAGCCUUGGGAAGCUGAACUUCCUGGAGGAUCUUAGUCUUGGCCCCUCUACACCUUCUUAUGUUGUAGAGAGAAGCAUGGAAGCUAUAGGUUCUUUAAUCGAAGGACAUGCCAGCCUGAAAACUAUACAAGUGGUGGCUCAUGGCUCUGGGGUUCGCGGCACUUCAAAAGUAACCAUUUUAUGGGAUUGCAUGCCACCUCCACCCCUUCUCCAGAAGUUUGAAUGCUCGCUGCACAGCUGCAUUGUAUUUUACCGGAUUCCUAAAUGGUUUACAGAACAUGGCAACCUAUGCAUUUUGAAGAUUUCAGUGAGGGAACUGACGAUAAAUUGUGUCGAUAUUCUCAGAGGAUUGCCUGCCCUCACUGCUCUGUCUCUGUAUGUGCAGAGGGCACCCAUUCAACGAAUCAUCUUUGACAAGGCCGGGUUCUCUGUUCUCAAGUACUUCAAGUUGAGGUUCAUGACUGGCGUAGCUUGGCUAGCAUUUGAGGCGUUUGCAAUGCCUAAUCUCUGGAAGCUCAAACUAGUUUUCAAUGCCAUUCCCCCAAUGGACCAACAUCUUCUUUAUUAUUGUAACCAAGGCACAUUCAAACGACAUCAACGUGGUACUGCAGUUAUCGGCAUAGAGCAUAUGCCAGGCCUUAAAGAGAUCACGGUAGAAUUUGGGGGCGCAGAUGCUAAUGUAGAGUAUGCCUCGAGGACCUUUGUUAGUAAUCAUCAGAGAAAUCCUAAAAUCAAUAUGCAAAUUGUUGGUUAUAAUUCUUAUGGAGAUGAAAGCAAAAAACAGAAAAAACAACCUGUGAGUGAGAUUCUGGAAGAACCAGAUGAAUACGACAAUGCAUUGGAGAGAGCAGCUGAUAAAAGGUCACAGGAGUCCUCUUCGCGCCUGCAUGUCUUCACCAUGGAGGAGCUCGGGUCCGCAACCAGCAACUUCUCCAAGGAAAACUUCCUCCAUGGAAACCGUGACAUUAACCGCCUUGGCGUCUACAAAGGUUCCUUCGGCGGCAACUUCCGCCCAGGCCUUGGGCCACAGGAGGUUGCUGUCAUCAGGUACCCCAACCAUUCCAACAGGAAUGACUGCAGGUGUCUGUCAGAGCUGGAGUAUCUCAGGACCGUGCAUCAUCCUCAUCUGGCGAAGCUGGUGGGUUUCUGUGUUAAAGGAAAUUGCAUGAUGCUCAUCUACGAGUACACGGCCUCUAUCAGCCUAAACAAGUUCUUGAUUGGCAAAGAUUCAUAUGAUUACAUUCUCUCGAUACCAUUGUUACCACGGCUCGAGAUCGCUGUUGGUGCAGCUAAGGGGCUGGCUUUCCUGCACGAGGCGGAUAAGCCAUUGGUCCACGGUCAUUUUAGAGCUUCCUGUGUUCUUAUUUACCCGAACUACUUAGCAAAGCUGUUGGGCUUUCGCCUGGUGAAGGAGAGUAAGCGGAGGUACGAGAAGGCCAUGAUGAAGGAUGUGUACAACUUCGGUGUGGUGCUCCUGGCGCUGCUAGCUGGGCGGCCGCCCAUCGACACACGGUAUCUCAGUCGGAAAAGAUAUCUGCUGAAGUGGUCGCGUCCCUACCUGCGCCGUGAGGACAAGCUGUACCGUAUCAUGGACCCUGGAUUGAAAGGGCAAUACUCAGCGCGUGCAGCCUGGGGUGCUGCAACCAUCGCGCACCGGUGCUUGAAAAGAGUGCCCAAGGAGCGGCCAUGCAUGCGCGAUGUGGUGGAUGCCCUUGAGCCGCUGCUCGCGCUCAAGGACGGCUACCCUCCGAGGACGCUGGCAAGUGGCAUGGAGCAACAGUCAAAGACAACUAAAUGGUCACACGUUUUCGUCAAAAGAGCAAAAGCAGUAAGCACAAUUGCAUGCCUUCGGUGACUGCUUGUACGUAUCUUCUCUAACAUUUCCACGGACCACGGUGGUUCCGGAUUGCCUGCGGAUGGUAACAGAGACAUAACACACAUACAUAUCCAAAAA